GAUUGGGACCCAGGUCUCCUGGGUUCUAUCCCCAGCUCUUGGAGAGGAACGGACUCUGGUGGGUCACAGCAGGCGGGGCCAGGAGCCAGGACUCCGAGGUUCCCUCCCUGGUGGUGACAGGAGUGUCGUGCUCUGUGUGGGUCAUUUAUUUAUUCAAACGGACCUUUUCGGGUGCCAGUUGCCGUCAUCCCGACAACGCCCUAUUCUCAGCCUGGUUUAAUCAUUUUUGUGGCCCUACCCCAGAGCUCCUGCCAGUUUGGGCACCCCCAGGCAGUGAAUCCCCACUAUUGCUGAGACUUGGGGGGGUCCAGUCCACACCCACCCAACCGCAUCUCACCCCGUGCCCAUCCCUUGUAGAGAUGGACCCCAGAAAAGCACCUAAAUACCUCAUCUCCGCCGGGCGCCGCAACCUCACCAUCGCCUUUGCCCUGCUCAUCUUGGGGGUCCUGACAUGGGCUUACGUCGCUGGGAUCCAGCUGGUGGCCGACCAGUAUCGGAUCAUGGCCUUUGGCCUCUAUGGAGCCUUCCUCGCCGCCCACCUGGUCAUCCAGAGCUUCUUCGCCUCUCUGGAGCACCGGCGGAUGAGGAGGGAGUCGUUGGCCUGUAGCUACACCAAGACGGUGGCGUUGACCAUCUCAGCCUACCAAGAAGACCCCUCCUAUUUCUGGCAGUGCCUGGAGUCGGUGCGGGACACCCUGUACCCCCCAGAGAAGCUGCGGAUCCUCAUGGUGAUCGACGGCAACAGCCCCGACGACCGCUACAUGAUGGACAUGUUCCAGGAGGUCUUCGCCGGCGAGGACGUGGGCACCUAUGUCUGGGAGAACAAUUACCACCAGCUGCCCCAGCUGGAGGGCGGGGAGGGGGGCAGCGGCUCCCAGGGGGCAGGAGGGGAGGAGCCUGGGCCCUACACCGAGGUGGAGAUGGUGGACCCGGGCCAGCUGGCGGUGGAGGAGUUGAUCCGCUCCAGGCGAUGCGUCUGCAUCAUGCAGCGAUGGGGCGGGAAGCGGGAGGUGAUGUACACGGCCUUCAGGGCGCUGGGCAACUCGGUGGACUAUAUCCAGGUGUGCGACUCAGACACCAAGCUGGACCCCAGCGCCACGGUGGAGAUGGUGAAGGUGUUGGAGGCCAACAAGCGCUACGGAGCCGUGGGGGGCGACGUGCGGAUCCUGAACGUCUCCGACUCCUUCAUCAGCUUCAUGAGCAGCCUGCGCUACUGGAUGGCCUUCAACGUGGAGCGCGCCUGCCAGUCCUACUUCGACUGCGUCUCCUGCAUCAGCGGGCCCCUGGGUGAGCCUUUAGCAGCGGGUCCUUUAAGACCCCAGCCCAGCGGCGGGCGUCGAUCUACCGCCGUCACUGUCCACGCUACAGCCUGGCUGCUGCCGGUGUAA